CAAAAACCUACUUAUUCCUACACAUUCGUCGACCACGUCAUGGAAAUUGGAGACGAAAACCUGCCUCCAUCUGUUAAUUCAGUAACAAAAACAGAAAGUUUAGUUUAUGCAAUGCCUCGUUCUCCAGGAGCAGUGAGAUCAGUCUUAGUUGCUGUCAACACAUCUGUUAAUGAGGCCAAAAGUAUCAACGAUUUGGGUUCGGGGGCUGCCGAGGAAGAGAAAUGCGAAGCGGUUACCACGGACCUGGAAGCAGAGGCCUGGUCUGAACGGACGGCCGUUAUUACCCGAUACGACCAUGAGACGCAUUGCAAUUUGGCUCGUGGAUUUAUUGCGGAUCUAGCCGACAAAGUCGUUGAAGAAAGUUGGAAACAACCUGACCAAACGAAAGAAAAUUCCAAUUCGCUGCAUUUGAAGAAACAGAAACUUUUUUUGCCCGAUUUGGUGCCCAGUGUUGCCACUUCUCGGCCUCUCACCGACACAGUCUCGGAAUCGGACGAAUACGAAAGCGCUGACGAACAGCCGCAGCUUCAAAACACACUUUAUCUGGAUUCAACUGUCAAUCCGUCGACGACCUUUGACGCAUCCACGCCCAUUGACACACCUGGUUGGCAUCUGGAUUUUGAUUCCUCACGCGUUGCUCCAGUGGGCGAUGUCACCGUUGAUGCUAGUCUAAAAGACUAUUCGUUGCCAUCCGUAGAUACAGCACCAGAGAGUUUGUCCCAAGAACCUCCAGCGCUACGGGAAGAAACGGAUGGAUUGGGAGCAAUUGCAAAUUUCCCUGCCAGAUCAUCGCAGCCAUUUUCACCUUCGUCAGGUUCCGACGUUGAUGUCUCAGUUGUAGAUUCUGAAGCAGACACGCUUGCAGCAGUGACACCUAACAAUCCGACGAACGAAGUGGAUGUUGAUUUAAUUAACCAGUUCGAACGUUUAGUGCUUUCAAAGCAAGUGUUAUCUAAACAUUCACCGGCUACACCAACAUUGAACACAACUUUUCCGUUGAACGACGAAGACGAAAACACGCCAAUUGUUGCUGUGAAUCAAACUGUUUCGUCUGUUAACGAGGAGAAAGAUAAUAGUAUUCUCCCGGCGAACGUAACUCAAGACAUCUUAUCAACGACUCGGGACCUUUCUGCUGUCAAUCCAGACGAUUCUGAAUUUACUUCGCUCGUCGAUCAGUCCGAGCAGAGCUCAUUUGCAGAUCUGAAAGGUCCACAAAAGACCAAAAAUUUAGUAAGCGACCAGCAAAUCGUAGAGAAGCAAACUACUCAAAUUACUGAAGGGGAAGAAGCCGCAAGCGACACAAGAGAAGGACACCCUGUAGUAGAAGAAGAAAUAGAUCCAGUGCCUGAAGAAGCGAAAGCCCCAGUUGGAGAAGAAGCAGUCGUCCAGUCCGAUAUAGAAGAAGCUAGCUCAGUUGCCGUAGAACCAAGUGUGGGUGUCGUGGUGGAAACCGUUCCAGUCGUCGAAGAAGAAAGCAUUUGUAAGGAGGAGUCCGCCAUUAUCGUGCAAAAAGAACCCGUUUCACUCACUGACAAAGAACUCGUUUCAGUCGCAGAAGAGGAAUCUGUUCUGGUUGUAAAAGAAAAUCCCGUUCCAGUCGUAGAAGAAGAACCUGUUCCAGUCGUGCAAGAGAAACCCGUUCCAGUCGUAGAAGAAGGACCUGUUCCAGUCGUGCAAGAGGAACCCGUUCCAGUUGCAAAAGAAGAACCUGUUCCUGUCGUGGAAGAGGUGCCCGUUACAGUCGUAGAAGAGGAGCCCUUUCCAGUCUUAGAAGAGGAGCCCGUUCCAGUCUUAGAAGAGGAGCCCGUUCCAGUCUUAGAAGAGGAGCCCGUUCCAGUCUUAGAAGAGGAGCCCGUUCCAGUCUUAGAAGAGGAGCCCGUUCCAGUCUUAGAAGAGGAGCCCGUUCCAGUCUUAGAAGAGGAGCCCGUUCCAGUCUUAGAAGAGGAGCCCGUUCCAGUCUUAGAAGAGGAGCCCGUUCCAGUCUUAGAAGAGGAGCCCGUUCCAGUCUUAGAAGAGGAGCCCGUUCCAGUCUUAGAAGAGGAGCCCGUUCCAGUCUUAGAAGAGGAGCCCGUUCCAGUCUUAGAAGAGGAGCUCGUUCCAGUCUUAGAAGAGGAGCUCGUUCCAGUCGUAGAAGAGGUGCCCAUUUCAGUCGUUGAAGAAGCGCCCGCUCCUGUUUUGGAAGUGGAACCCGCUCCAGUCAUCGAAAAGGAAAGCGUUUCGGUCGUAAAGGAGGAAUUGCUUUCGGCUGGUGAAGAGAAAAGCGUUCCAGCUGAAGAAGAGAAAGCUAUCCCAGAAACUGAAAAAGAAAUCGUUCCAGUUAUUGCCGAAGAAACGGUUUCAGUUGCAUCAGUUCUGGAACAAGAGUCUGUCGCAGCAACUGAAGAAUCCAUCUCAUCUGCUGAAAGAGAUCUUGAGCAAAUUAUCGGAAACAAAACCACUUUAGUCCACGAAGAGCAAAACGUCGUUGGCGAGGAACAAAGUAUAAUUAAAGAAAGGGCUCCGGCCAUUGGAAGCCAGCCAGCAAGUUCGAUUGAGAACAGCGACGCCGUAGAACCGGUAGAUGUCAAUAACAGUGACACCGGUCUAGCUGAAGGCGAUUCUUCCUUUUCUUCCGCGGCUGAACAAACUGUCCUGAACGCAGCUGACAAGAGCAGCUCCAUCGAAGGUAGUGAAAUCCCUAGCGAAGACAUUCAGCCUUCCUCAGCUGUUGAAAACUCAGAAUUUACAUCGUCUCAAGACCCUGACACAAGCGUAGCGAAACCAACAAGUCUACCCGAAGAGAAGCCGAUUGUACCUAAAAAAGGGUACGACCUCAGUUUUUUGGACCGCUUUGACGAUCUAGAGAACGCCACACCAUCCAUUAGUCAAGCCAAACUCCUUCCACAGCUGUCGACCCCGAUUACCGACUACUCUGCUUCCCCAGUUACAGAACAGCACUUCAAAACCGUUGAGAUUGACAAAGAUCAAGAGGUAGAAGUGGCUCAAACUAUUGACACGACAUCCAACGUGGAAAGCGAAAAAGAAAAUUUUGUUCCAGUGAAUUCGCAAGAAUCCCAGCCAACGGAAGUGAGUACUCAUAAAGAACCUGUCUUGGAAGAUAAAGCAGCUGACGUUUCAGUACAUACAAACCCAGAGCAAGAACGCGUUGAAGAAGAACCUCUGAUUGUACCCAAAAAAGGUUACGAUUUGAGCUUCUUGGACAACCUGGAAGACUUGGAAAACGCGGCGCCUCCCAUCGUUGGCAAAGGAUCUCAAAAACCCAAAAUGAAGGAAAAUGUGUCAGCCAAAGACAAUAUAGCUGAACCAGCAGAAGAGCAGCCAUCGCCAGACAGCAAACCAGAAAAACCUGCUGGUUCAAGCCCAACCAAAAAGGCGCCAGUUGUUCGAAAACCCAUCCGUCCUAGAAUCGCGCGACCUGCAGCUACUGCCACCAAAGCAGAUGCGUUUGAAGUGGAAUUUGCUUUCGAUCCCAAUGAGGAUCCGUUCAAACCCAAAAAGAAAUUAGGAGCUUCCCCCACCAGAGAUGGUAGUCCUCAAAAGCAACCCGAAGCCAAUAUCUGCAAUACCCACCAAGUUGAUAAUUCUGAAGACAAUAACACUGUGAUCGAAAGCAUUCCUCAAUCGGCCUCACCGAACCCAGAAACGGUCAGUGAGCGGCUGUCAAGCGAAGGCACUGAACAAGAAGAAUUCCGACCUGCCCAGGAAGUCUUUCAUGAUCCAUCCGAGCUGGAUUUCCUUAUGCAGCACGGUGGUUCCUCGCAUGAUAUUGCUUUGGCCAGGCAAUCGCUAUUUGUCAAGUUUGAUCCACUUGUCACAGGAAGACCUAGCAUGUUUCCAUCUCGCCCCUCUGAUGGUGGUGGUGAUGAGACGAUUCUAGCGGAAGAAUCUACCGGUCGUAAAUCUGCGGGAGAAAGUUUAUUCUUGUUCAGCCCACCACACGCUUCAAGCGCACCCAAAGUAGAAAAAGCGGAUUCGGUUGAAAAAGCCCGUCCACAGGAGUGCUUAAUGUCCAGUCGAAAUGUGACAGGCGAUGUUUUGAGUCUUAACGAACACAAGGAAGCAUUGAAACUGCAGGAAUUGUUGUUUCAAGACAAGUUGCUUCAAAAGGAACGUGAAAUUCUAAUGAAAGAAAAUGAAAUUCACGAUUUCAAAUCAAAAUUUGAGGCUACCAUUGAAGCUCAAGCACAGAUGAGACAAAUUGUCGGUGAAUAUGAGAAGACCAUAUCUCAGUUAAUUGCCGAAAAGGAGAGGGAAAAGGCGAACAUGGAGACCACCCUGCAAAAUACUAUAAAGGAAAGAGAUCAAGCGAUCGAAGAUUUGAAAGAAGUGGAGCGUGCUUUUAGUGAGUUUCAUCGAAUGUACGAAAGGAAUCGUACCGCAGCUGAGAAUUUGCAUAAGAAUGAAGAAGCUUUAAAGAAAGCUUUAGCAGCCUACCAGGAGAGGUUGCAACAAGAGCAACACAAAUAUGAAACGCUAAAGCUGCAUGCCGCUCAGAAACUGGAAGGGGCUCAACAAGAGAUGGAGAACUUGAAGCGCAAUCUUGAAGGCGAGAGUUCUCGGGUGAAGGCUCAGCUUAAGAAAACUGAGAUGAGAUUGGCGUCGGUCGAGCAAAGUCUUGAGCAAAAAUCGAAGGAGAACGAGGAGCUCACCACUUUGUGCGACGAGCUCAUUAAUAAGUUAGGAUCCAGUGCUAAGUAAAGAAGUCCCACCCUCCACCGUUAUCCUCUUCAAAAUGAUUAAUAUUUCAUUGCUACCUAAAAUCGAUAUUUCAUCUUUUAUAAGUUUUUUUUUUCUUUUAGUUGUUAGUUUUUAAAACUUUUGCUUUAAGCUCUUAUUUGUGCCUUGCCUAUUCAUCACCUGUCGCGAUAAUAAUUUCUACAGCUCUCGGAGAGUCUGUCAUUCUUGUAAAAUAAGUACUUCAGGAAUUACAUGUUUCACAAACGCGUUGAUUGGCUAGGAAACAUCCACGUGCAAAGAAAA